CUAUAAAUUCUGGUUCUCUCCGAGAUCGGGAGCUCCACGGAGAUGGCUGCCAACAUGAUCUUGUUUUGGAUGGUGAUGAUAAGUCUCCAAACUCAGGCAGAUGCAGAAGAAACACCAAGUGUAAUUCUCCCAGGACCACAUCAGUCCACUGCUUUGGAUGACUCCUGUGGUGGUUGGCUUGAUGGAUUGUCAGGCACAUUCCAGAGCCCUGGCUACCCCAACACCUACCCCAACAACGCCCGCUGUACGUGGAUCAUCCAGCUGCCAGAUCCUAAUCUGGAAGUUCAGCUCACAUUCUUGGAUGUUGAGCUAGAAGGCACCAGCUGCUCGUUUGACGCCAUCAAAGUCUAUGAUGGUGGGUCCACAGACAGCCCACUCCUGGGGUCUGUUUGCAGCAAUGACUCUCGCCUCUUUUAUUCAUCUGGGCAACAGCUGACAGUCCUGUUUUACAGUGACAGCAGUGUCACUAAGAGAGGUUUUCAGGCCUCCUACAACUCAGUGGCCAACUCCUGCGGUGGCUUGCUUCAGGGUUUGUCCGGCACAUUCCAGAGCCCUGGCUACCCUAACACCUACCCCAACAGUGCCCGCUGUGUGUGGAUCAUCCAGCUGCCAGCUUCUAAUCUCGAAGUUCAGCUCAGGUUCUUGGAUGUUGAGCUGGAAGGCACCACCUGCCAGUAUGACGCCAUCAAAAUCUACGAUGGCGGGUCCACAGACAGUCCACUCCUCGGAUCUGUUUGCAGCAAUGACUCUCGCCUCUUCUAUUCAUCUGGGCCACAGCUGACCGUCCUGUUUUACAGUGACGGCAGUGUCACUAAGAGAGGUUUUCAGGCCUCCUACAACUCAGUGGCCAGCUCCUGCGGUGGCUUGCUUCAGGGUUUGUCCGGCACAUUCCAGAGCCCUGGCUACCCCAACACCUACCCCAACAACGCCCGCUGUGUGUGGUUCAUCCAGCUGCCAGAUCCUAAUUACGAAGUUCAGCUCAGGUUCCUGGAUGUUGAGCUGGAAGGCACCAGCUGCUCGUAUGACGCCAUCAAAGUCUACGAUGGUGGGUCCACAGACAGCCCACUCCUGGGGUCUGUUUGCAGCAAUGACUCUCGCCUCUUCUAUUCAUCUGGGCAACAGCUGACAGUCCUGUUUUACAGUGACAGCGGUGUCACUAAGAGAGGUUUUCAGGCCUCCUACAACUCGGUGGCCAGCUCCUGCGGUGGCUUGCUUCAGGGUUUGUCCGGCACAUUCCAGAGCCCUGGCUACCCCAACACCUACCCCAACAACGCCCGCUGUGUGUGGUUCAUCCAGCUGCCAGAUCCUAAUUACGAAGUUCAGCUCAGGUUCCUGGAUGUUGAGCUGGAAGGCACCAGCUGCUCGUAUGACGCCAUCAAAGUCUACGAUGGUGGGUCCACAGACAGCCCACUCCUGGGGUCUGUUUGCAGCAAUGACUCUCGCCUCUUCUAUUCAUCUGGGCAACAGCUGACAGUCCUGUUUUACAGUGACAGCAGUGUCACUAAGAGAGGUUUUCAGGCCUCCUACAACUCGGUGACUGACUCCUGUGGUGGCUUGCUUCAGGGUUUGUCUGGGACAUUGCAGAGCCCUGGCUACCCCAGCACCUACCCCAACAACGCCCGUUGUGUGUGGUUCAUCCAACUGCCAGCUUCUAAUCUCGAAGUUCAGCUCACGUUCUUGGAUGUUGAGCUGGAAGGCACCAGCUGCUCGUUUGACGCCAUCAAAAUCUAUGACGGUGGGUCCACAGACAGCCCACUCCUGGGGUCUGUUUGCAGCAAUGACUCUCGCCUCUUCUAUUCAUCUGGGCAACAGCUGACAGUCCUGUUUUACAGUGACAGCAGUGUCACUAAGAGAGGUUUUCAGGCCUCCUACAACUCAGUGGCCAGCUCCUGCGGUGGCUUGCUUCAGGGUUUGUCCGGCACAUUCCAGAGCCCUGGCUACCCUAACACCUACCCCAACAGUGCCCGCUGUGUGUGGAUCAUCCAGCUGCCAGCUUCUAAUCUCGAAGUUCAGCUCAGGUUCUUGGAUGUCGAGCUGGAAGGCACCACCUGCCAGUAUGACGCCAUCAAAAUCUACGAUGGCGGGUCCACAGACAGCCCACUCCUGGGGUCUGUUUGCAGCAAUGACUCUCGCCUCUUCUAUUCAUCUGGGCCACAGCUGACCGUCCUGUUUUACAGUGACGGCAGUGUCACUAAGAGAGGUUUUCAGGCCUCCUACAACUCAGGGAACAACUCUUGCGGUGGCUUGCUUCAGAGUUUGUCCGGCUCAUUCCAGAGCCCUGGCUACCCCAAUGCCUACCCCAAUGAUGCCCACUGCGUGUGGCACAUCCAGCUGCCAGAGCAGAAUCUCAGAGUGGAGCUCCAGUUCUUGGAUGUCGAGCUGGAAGGCACUACCUGUCAGUAUGACGCUAUCGAGGUCUAUGACGGUGGGUUCACAGAUAGCCCGCUCCUCGGCUCCGUUUGCAGUAACAACCAUAGCGUCUUCACUUCCUCUGGUUCCCAGCUGACCGUCCUGUUUCGCAGUGACUUCAGUGUCACCCGAAGAGGUUUUGAGGCCUCCUACAGCUCGUUUCCUGCAUCCAAUAGCACACCAGGGAACAACUCUUGCGGUGGCUUGCUUCAAGAUUUGUCUGGCUCAUUCCAGAGCCCUGGCUACCCCAAUGCCUACCCCAAUGAUGCCCACUGCGUGUGGCACAUCCAGCUGCCAGAGCAGAAUCUCAGAGUGGAGCUCCAGUUCUUGGAUGUCGAGCUGGAAGGCACUACCUGUCAGUAUGACGCUAUCGAGGUCUAUGACGGUGGGUUCACAGAUAGCCCGCUCCUCGGCUCCGUUUGCAGUAACAACCAUAGCGUCUUCACUUCCUCUGGUUCCCAGCUGACCGUCCUGUUUCGCAGUGACUUCAGUGUCACCCGAAGAGGUUUUGAGGCCUCCUACAGCUCGUUUCCUGCAUCCAAUAGCACACCAGGGAACAACUCUUGCGGUGGCUUGCUUCAAGAUUUGUCUGGCUCAUUCCAGAGCCCUGGCUACCCCAAUGCCUACCCCAAUGAUGCCCACUGCGUGUGGCACAUCCAGCUGCCAGAGCAGAAUCUCAGAGUGGAGCUCCAGUUCUUGGAUGUCGAGCUGGAAGGCACUACCUGUCAGUAUGACGCUAUCGAGGUCUAUGACGGUGGGUUCACAGAUAGCCCGCUCCUCGGCUCCGUUUGCAGUAACAACCAUAGCGUCUUCACUUCCUCUGGUUCCCAGCUGACCGUCCUGUUUCGCAGUGACUUCAGUGUCACCCGAAGAGGUUUUGAGGCCUCCUACAGCUCGUUUCCUGCAUCCAAUAGCACACCAGGGAACAACUCUUGCGGUGGCUUGCUUCAAGAUUUGUCUGGCUCAUUCCAGAGCCCUGGCUACCCCAAUGCCUACCCCAAUGAUGCCCACUGCGUGUGGCACAUCCAGCUGCCAGAGCAGAAUCUCAGAGUGGAGCUCCAGUUCUUGGAUGUCGAGCUGGAAGGCACUACCUGUCAGUAUGACGCUAUCGAGGUCUAUGACGGUGGGUUCACAGAUAGCCCGCUCCUCGGCUCCGUUUGCAGUAACAACCAUAGCGUCUUCACUUCCUCUGGUUCCCAGCUGACCGUCCUGUUUCGCAGUGACUUCAGUGUCACCCGAAGAGGUUUUGAGGCCUCCUACAGCUCGUUUCCUGCAUCCAAUAGCACACCAGGGAACAACUCUUGCGGUGGCUUGCUUCAAGAUUUGUCUGGCUCAUUCCAGAGCCCUGGCUACCCCAAUGCCUACCCCAAUGAUGCCCACUGCGUGUGGCACAUCCAGCUGCCAGAGCAGAAUCUCAGAGUGGAGCUCCAGUUCUUGGAUGUCGAGCUGGAAGGCACUACCUGUCAGUAUGACGCUAUCGAGGUCUAUGACGGUGGGUUCACAGAUAGCCCGCUCCUCGGCUCCGUUUGCAGUAACAACCAUAGCGUCUUCACUUCCUCUGGUUCCCAGCUGACCGUCCUGUUUCGCAGUGACUUCAGUGUCACCCGAAGAGGUUUUGAGGCCUCCUACAGCUCGUUUCCUGCAUCCAAUAGCACACCAGGGAACAACUCUUGCGGUGGCUUGCUUCAAGAUUUGUCUGGCUCAUUCCAGAGCCCUGGCUACCCCAAUGCCUACCCCAAUGAUGCCCACUGCGUGUGGCACAUCCAGCUGCCAGAGCAGAAUCUCAGAGUGGAGCUCCAGUUCUUGGAUGUCGAGCUGGAAGGCACUACCUGUCAGUAUGACGCUAUCGAGGUCUAUGACGGUGGGUUCACAGAUAGCCCGCUCCUCGGCUCCGUUUGCAGUAACAACCAUAGCGUCUUCACUUCCUCUGGUUCCCAGCUGACCGUCCUGUUUCGCAGUGACUUCAGUGUCACCCGAAGAGGUUUUGAGGCCUCCUACAGCUCGUUUCCUGCAUCCAAUAGCACACCAGGGAACAACUCUUGCGGUGGCUUGCUUCAAGAUUUGUCUGGCUCAUUCCAGAGCCCUGGCUACCCCAAUGCCUACCCCAAUGAUGCCCACUGCGUGUGGCACAUCCAGCUGCCAGAGCAGAAUCUCAGAGUGGAGCUCCAGUUCUUGGAUGUCGAGCUGGAAGGCACUACCUGUCAGUAUGACGCUAUCGAGGUCUAUGACGGUGGGUUCACAGAUAGCCCGCUCCUCGGCUCCGUUUGCAGUAACAACCAUAGCGUCUUCACUUCCUCUGGUUCCCAGCUGACCGUCCUGUUUCGCAGUGACUUCAGUGUCACCCGAAGAGGUUUUGAGGCCUCCUACAGCUCGUUUCCUGCAUCCAAUAGCACACCAGGGAACAACUCUUGCGGUGGCUUGCUUCAAGAUUUGUCUGGCUCAUUCCAGAGCCCUGGCUACCCCAAUGCCUACCCCAAUGAUGCCCACUGCGUGUGGCACAUCCAGCUGCCAGAGCAGAAUCUCAGAGUGGAGCUCCAGUUCUUGGAUGUCGAGCUGGAAGGCACUACCUGUCAGUAUGACGCUAUCGAGGUCUAUGACGGUGGGUUCACAGAUAGCCCGCUCCUCGGCUCCGUUUGCAGUAACAACCAUAGCGUCUUCACUUCCUCUGGUUCCCAGCUGACCGUCCUGUUUCGCAGUGACUUCAGUGUCACCCGAAGAGGUUUUGAGGCCUCCUACAGCUCGUUUCCUGCAUCCAAUAGCACACCAGGGAACAACUCCUGCGGUGGCUUGCUUCAGAGUUUGUCCGGCUCAUUCCAGAGCCCUGGCUACCCCAACGCCUACCCCAAUGAUGCACACUGUGUGUGGAUCAUCCAGCUGCCAGAGCAGAAUCUCAGAGUGGAGCUCCAGUUCUUGGAUGUCGAGCUGGAAGGCACCACCUGCCAGUACGAUGCCAUCAAAGUCUACGAUGGUGGAUCCACAGACAGCCCACUCCUUGGCUCCGUUUGCAGUAAUGACUAUAGAUUCUUCACUUCCUCUGGGUCCCAGCUGACUGUCCUGUUUCGCAGUGACUAUAGCGUUGCUGGCAGAGGUUUCGAUGCCUAUUACACCUCAUUACUGAUUUCCAACAGUACCCCAGGGGACACCUCCUGUGGAGGCUUGCUUCAGGGUUUGUCUGGCUCAUUUCAGAGCCCCGGCUACCCCAACAACUACCCCAAUGAUGCCCGAUGCGUGUGGCGCAUCCAGCUGCCAGACCCGGAUCUCAGAGUGGAACUCCAGUUCUUGGGUGUCGAGCUGGAAGGCACUAGCUGCAUGUACGAUGCCAUCGAGGUCUACGAUGGUGGGUCACCCAGCAGCCCACUCCUUGCAUCUGUUUGCAGUAAUGACGCUCGCGCCUUUUUUUCAUCUGGGCCACAGCUGACCAUCCUGUUUCGCACUGAUAGCAGCAUUACUGCAAGAGGUUUUGAGGCCUCCUACAGCUCAUUUCCAGCUUCUGAGAACAACCCUGGGGCAGGCUUCUGCGGUGGCUUGCUUCAGGGUUUGUCUGGCUCAUUCCAGAGCCCCGGCUACCCCAACGCCUACCCCAACAACGCCCGCUGUGAGUGGACCAUCCAGCUGCCAGAGCCCAAUCUCAGAGUGGAGCUCCAGUUCUUGGAUGUUGAGCUGGAAGGCACCACCUGUCAGUUUGAUGCCAUUGAGGUCUAUGACGGUGGGUCCACAGACAGCCCGCUCCUCGGCUCCGUUUGCAGUAACAACCAUAGUGUCUUCAAUUCAUCUGGGUCCCAGCUGACCGUCCUGUUUCACACUGACCUCAGUAUCACCAGGAGAGGUUUUGAGGCCUCCUACCACUCAUUUCCAGGUUCCAACAGCAACACAGGGAACAACUCCUGCGGUGGCUUGCUUCAGGGUUUGUCCGGCUCAUUCCAGAGCCCUGGCUACCCCAACGACUACCCCAAUGAUGCCCACUGUGUGUGGCACAUUCAGCUGCCACAGCUGAAUCUCAGAGUGGAGCUCCAGUUCUUGGAUGUUGAGCUGGAAGGCACCAUCUGCCAGUUUGAUGUCAUUGAUGUCUAUGAUGGUGGGUCCAUAGACAGCCCGCUCCUCGGCUCCGUUUGUAGUAACAGCCAUAACGUCUUCAAUUCAUCUGGGUCCCAGCUGACUGUCCUGUUUCGCACUGACAGCACCGUCACACAGAGAGGUUUUGAGGCCUCCUACAGGUCAUUUCUUGUUUCCAACAGCACUGCAGGGAACAACUCCUGUGGUGGCUUGCUUCAGGGUUUGUCUGGCUCAUUCCAGAGCCCUGGCUACCCCAAUGACUACCCCAAUAACGCCCGCUGUGUGUGGAUCAUCCAGCUGCCAGAGCCCAAUCUCAGAGUGGAGCUCCAGUUCUUGGAUGUCGAGCUGGAAGGCACCAUCUGCCAAUUUGACACCAUCGAGGUCUACGAUGGCAGGUCCACAGAUAGCCCGCUCCUCGGGUCUGUUUGUAGUAACAAUAAUCUUGUCUUCUACUCAGCUGGGCCUCAGCUGACUGUCCUGUUUCGGACUGAUAGCAGCACUCCCGCAAGAGGUUUUGAGGCCUCCUACCACUCAUUUCUUACUUCCAACAGCAUCCCAGGGAACAACUCCUGUGGUGGCUUGCUUCAGGGUUUGUCUGGCUCAUUCCAGAGCCCUGGCUACCCCAACACCUACCCCAACAGUGCCCGCUGUGUGUGGCACAUCCAGCUGCCGGAGCAGAAUCUCAGAGUGGAGCUCCAGUUCUUGGAUGUCGAGCUGGAAGGCACCUCCUGCCGGUAUGAUGCCAUUGAGGUCUAUGAUGGUGGGUCCAUAGAUGGCCCGUUCCUUGGCUCCGUUUGCAGUAACGACCACAGUGUGUUCAGUUCAUUGGGGCCCCAGCUGACCGUCCUGUUUCGCACUGACAGCAGUGUCACGCUCAGAGGCUUUGAGGCUUCCUACAGUUCAUUUCCUGCAUCCAACAGCAGCACAGCCAGUCUCAGGAAGAGAACACCCUUGUCCCGAACAGCCGAUCAUGAAGACAGAAGAAAGAAAGAGGCAGAAAAGCCCAGAGGCCGCUCCAAAAUAUCAGGAUGGCAAAAGGCUGUACCAAAAGAACUCCCAAAUAGAGCUGCAUGGAAACAAAGCAGAAACGGGAACGAGUCUCCGUCUCUCCCUCCCGCUAGCCGGAAAAUCCCAACUCUCCUUAAAUAUGAAGCGUGAUGCUAACAGCAUGGAAUAUAUCUCAUUGAUCAGCCUGGAUGUCAGUCAAGGUCUGCCCCACCCAUACCCCCCUUCCUCACUGUCUCAUACCUGUGGGCAGGGUGCUCAGACAGACCUUGGCUUCCCGACAGCAACAAAUAAAAACAUUAAUUCUG